GACAAGGCUACGGAGGGGGGCGCCCGUGAGCGAGUGUGUCGCUGCUGCUGUGUAACCAAACACCGCGGAAGAAGAGUUAGCGUUGUAAACAUAAGGCUAUGGCUGACGACAGAGGCGGAGGUGAAGACAACGUCAACGACAACAUGGGGAACCAGCUACAGCUCUUACCAGGCAACGGGGAGGAGGAAGAAGAGGAGGAGGAGGAGGAAGAGGAGCAGGAUGAAGAUGACAUGGAGACUCAGGACCGAGACAGCGAGGAGGGAACAAAACCCAGCAUCAUCACAUUUGACCCCAGUCUACCCACGUCACACAGUUACCUGGGUUCAGACAUGGAGGAGUUCCACGGACGCACUGUCCAUGAUGAUGACAGCUGUCAGACCAUCCCUGUGCUGCCGCACACGGCCGUGAUGCUGGUGCCGGGACAGACUCUGCCCCUGCAGCUCUUCAGGCCGCAGGAGGUCAGCAUGAUGAGGAGCGUUAUACAGAGGGAUCGAACAUUUGCUGUGCUCGCACACAGUGAUUCAGGUGAACCGGAAGCGUCGUUUGGGACGACAGCAGAAAUUUACGCAUACCGGGAGGAGCAGGAGUACGGCAUUGAGACGGUCAAAGUGAAAGCCGUCGGGAGGCAGAGAUUCAAAGUCCACGAGAUAAGAACUCAAGCUGAUGGGAUCCGACAGGCCAAAGUCCAGAUCCUUCCAGAACGCAUCCUUCCUGAUCCCUUGUCUGCUGUCCAGCUAACGCCGCUGUCCAGGCUCAUCACGCACCCUUCCUCCAAGCCCCCCCCUCAGAGCUGCAAGCAGGCGGAAUGCUGGUGGAGCAGCUACCAACACAGGAAGUUCCACUGUGCCAGUCUGACGCCGUGGCCCCCGUGGGUCUACGCCCUCUAUGACUCUGAGUCCCUCAUGAACAGAGUAAAGAAACAACUCCACGAGUGGGAUGAGAAUCUGAAGGAUGACUCUCUGCCAACCAACGCCAUAGACUUCUCCUACAGAGUGGCGGCCUGUCUGCCCAUAGACGACACGCUCAGGCUGCAGCUGCUGAAGAUCGGCAGCGCCAUUCAGAGGCUUCGCUGCGAGCUGGACAUCAUGGACCGGUGCACGUCUCUGUGCUGCAAGCAGUGCCAAGACACUGAAAUCACCACCAAAAAGGAGAUAUUCAGUUUGUCGCUGUACGGUCCCAUGGCCGCCUACGUCAAUCCACACGGUUACGUCCACGAGACGCUGACCGUCUACAAGGCCAACAACCUCAACCUCGUCGGCAGGCCGUCCACGCUCCACAGCUGGUUUCCAGGGUACGCCUGGACCAUUGCCCAGUGCCGAAGCUGCGGCUCUCACAUGGGCUGGAAGUUCACGGCCACCAAGAAGGACUUGUCUCCGCCUCGCUUCUGGGGUCUGACCCGCUCCGCCAUGCUCCCUCGCAUCCCCCAGGCCGAGGGCGACGACGGGCGGGAGAGCUCUCGCCUCUUCUGCCUGUGACCGCCUGCCUUGGUUUCCUCCGUGGCGUGGUGGAAUGACUGCAAUGCAACCCCCGUGUCCGGCUGCGUGCUGCCUCCCGUCAUCACACCCCGUCACCCUUGGCAGCGCAUCCAUCAUAUUAGCCCCAAAAGGUCACCCCGCAUCUGUAGGAGGGAGACUGGUCGCUCUGCCAUCGUGGUGCACUCGCAGAUGUUUGCAGGCACUCUGACGCCAAAGCGAGUGCCGUGCUUUUCGAGACCACUCCAUGAAUUCACGCUCAGACUGACCUGGUCUGACCAGGUGGAAGGCUCUGCCAGGUGACACCUUCUUAAAGGAAGAGAAGGACCUGCGUACGUUGGUUGACCUUAUCAAACCCUGCAGGGUUGUAUCUUCUGUUGCUGUGAUUUUUGCUCAAUAUCAGUAAACAUGUCCGUGUCAUGAGAAGAA